UUAUUAAAAUAUUAAUAAAUACUUAUUCGAAUAAAGUGGUUGCUUCGACGUUACUGAAUAGUAAAUAAAUAAUACUGUUAUUACAAAGUUGAAUUCGCAAUUGAAGCUCUUAAUGUUUUAAUGCAAUUUUUUUCAACAGUAAAAGGCAUAAACUUGUAUGGACCGUAGAAACCUUGAGGAUCAGCCUUAUCAAACUACGGGCGGGCUUGUUUAAAUUACGGGUGCAAGGUUCAUUAGGUGUUAAAAAUGGUGUCUUCCUCAGUUAUAUAUGCGGCGGUUCCUAUUUCUCUUGCCGUAGCUUUGGGAUUAAUACGGCGUUGGCGGUCUCGGAAUUGGGCUAAAUGCUUAAGCAAUUCCUGUUUGAAGGGUAAAACCUACUUGAUAACGGGUGCAAACAGCGGUAUUGGUCUCGAAACUGCCAGAGCUUUAGUAAAACGAAAAGCUCGGGUCAUAUUUGCCUGCCGUGAUCUAGUUAAAGCCAAGGAAGUAGCUGCUGCUAUUCGAGAAGAAGAAAAGUGUGGAGAGCUUGUUCCAAUGUAUCUAGACCUUGCAUCGCUUGAAUCAAUAGAAAAGUUUGUAGAGGUUGUUAAAGUUGGGUUCUAUAAAAUUGAUUGCCUCAUAAAUAAUGCUGGUGUGGUGGUACCAUUGGCGAAGGAUGAGAAAACCAAAGAUGGCUUUGAAAUACAUUUAGGGGUUAAUCAUUUAGGCCACUUUUACCUCACUAACCUAUUGAUUGAUCUGUUGAAAAAGGCUUCUCCAAGUAGGGUUGUUAUGGUAUCGUCAACACUUCACGAACGGGGAAAAUUGAACUUUAAUGAUCUAAAUUUAAGAGGUGAAAUUGAAGCAGCUAAGAAAGGGAAAAAGGAUCGUCAUAAUCCCGGUUACUGCAAUUCAAAAUUGAUGAAUAUGUACUUUGCUAAAUCCUUGGCUGCAAAAUUACAAGAUAAUUGUGUCGAUGUUAAUGCAUGCUGCCCUGGGUUCUGUUAUACGAACUUGUUUAGAAACUUCGUGAAAUGGUAUCACUACAUUCUACUCGCUCCAAUGGCCCUCCUCUUCAUGAGAUCAGCGAAACAGGGUUCAGAGACUGUGGUGUUCUGUGCCACAGACUACAGCAUCGAAGGACAGACUGGUAAAUUCUACCGCGACUGCGCCGAGUAUAACUCGAAAUAUAAUUUCACGAAGGAGGAAGCAGAAAAAUUGUGGGAGGUCAGCGAGGCUAUGAUCAAGGCACGGAAGCCGCUUCAACAUUAAAUGCAUCAUGGUGAUAACAGGAAUCUUGAGAAUGCAUUUUUUGAGAGCAAUGAGCACAAAAGGAUCAAACUAUAGUCAUGUCGUUUAAAUAAUGGAAAUAAUGUCAUUUUAAUGUUGACUGUGACGCUAAUGUUUCCUACAUUAAAUAAUAUAAGAAAUAGUUAUUACAUAUAUUUAGAUAAGUAAAUGGUCAAUAUUUUUAUAUAGGUAAUAUGUUACGUGUAAUCUCUCGAAUUUUUUGUAUAUCUUCACUUAAUAAAUUUAAAGAAAAUGUUAUCUGUAAAGUUAUUAAUCCAAAGAUUAAUGAAAACGUAGACAUUAAAUAUAGUGUAUUUUGGAAAUAAAAAAUUAUAUGGUUAAA